GGAUAAAAGCUCAAAAGGGUACGCUCCCAUUGUUCACCUUUGAGAGCUCUCUGCAUCUGCUUCUCUCUUUCAAAAUAUUCCAUUGCUUCUCUCUCUUCAUUCAUUCUUCUUCCUUUUCUUCUGCACCUUGAAGAACAGGGAGAUCGAUCUCAACACACUUUGAAAGCCUUCAAUUACAAGUAGCAGAAGAAGCUUGAAGUGAAACAAAGCCCUCAAGCAACCAAAACCCACUUUCAAUUUUGUCUCUCAGAACACCUUCAACACACUUUAUUCUCUCACACUCACAAUGAGUAAACAGGACGCCAUGAAGAUUCAGGCCUGUGCGCUUAGAGUUAACAUUCACUGUGAUGGAUGCAAGAAGAAGGUCAAGAAAACUCUUCAGAAAAUUGAUGGAGUUUACAAUAUGAAAAUCGAUGCAGAACAAGGGAAAGUUAUUGUAACAGGAAAUGUAGAUCCAGCUGAACUGAUAAAGAAGCUUGAGAAAUCAGGGAAACAUGCUGAACUAUGGGGAGCUCAGUUAAGUUCAAACAACAACAUGAACAAAUUCAAGAACAACAUGCAAUUUCAAAAUGUCAAAGGAGGAAGCAAAGAACAUAACAUGAACAUGAACAUGAACAAUCACAAGUUUCAGAUGGAGAAGGCUUUUCUUCAACAACAACAACAACAACAACUGAAAGGCUCCAACAACAAUAACAAAGGAGGUAAUAUCAACAACAAUAUGCAUAAUCUUAUGGCUCCUCCUCCUCCUAGAGAUAAGAAAUCUGUUAAGUUCAAUUUGCAUGAGGAUGAUUCUGAUUUUAGUGGUGAUGAGUUUGAUGAUGAAUUUGAUGAUGAAUUUGAUGAUGAUGAUGAUGAUGAUGAGUUUGCUGAUGAACAUGAUGAGUUUGGCCAUGGACAUGGACAUGGACAUGGACAUGGCUUACAAAAGAAUGCUCCCAUACCCAUGAUGGGGAAUUUUGGGUCCAAUAGGACAAUUAAUUUCAAUGCCAUGAAUGGUAAGAAAAGUGGGGAUGUUGGAAGAGCCAAGAAGGAUGAAGUUAUUGAUUUCCCUGUUAUGAUGAAGGAUAAGGGAGGAGGUAAGGAAGGGAAAAACAGUAAGGGAGGAGGAGGGAAGAAAGAUGGUGGCAAUAGCGGCGGCAGUGGCGGUGGCGGGAUGAAGAGUAAGAGCAAAGGAGGGGAUAAGAAGAAAGGGGGGAAGAAGGGGGGCGGGUUCCUAGGGCUAGGGAAGAAGGGGCUGUUUGGUUUUGGUGGUAAAAGUAGUAGCAAGAAGGAGAAUGGUAACAAGAGCAAAGGAAGCAAGAGUAGUAAUAAAAGUGCAGAGAGUGGUGGAGGAAAACAUAAUGGCAAUGGACCCAAAAAAGGAGGCAAAACUGUUGGUCUCCCUGAGUUUGACAAGUUAGAUAUUGGCUUCCAUGACAUUGAUAUCCCAAAACCAAGCAAAGGAGGUAAAGGGAGUGGCGGAAAUGGUAAGAAUAUGAGCCAAAUGGGUCAGAUAGGCCAUGUUAAUAAUGGAAACAGAGGCCAUCCCAGGCCAAUGGCUCCAAUGGCUCCAAUGGGUCCAGUGGGUCCAAUGGGUCCUGGUGGCAUUAAUAUGAGCCAGAUGGGUGCACCAAUGGGAAAUUAUGCAAUGAGCCAAAUGGGUAACAUUCCAGCAGUUCAAGGCUUACCAGCUCAACAAGUGAUGAAUGGAGGAGUAGGAGUAGGAGGAGUAGGAGGAGGAGGGGGAGGAUAUUAUCAAGGAAUGGGACAAGGGAACCCUUACAAUCCACAACAACAACAGUACAUGGCCAUGAUGAUGAACCAACAGAGGGGAGUUGGGAAUGAAAUGUUCCAACCCAUGAUGUAUUCGCGCCCGAACCCAGCCAUGAACUACGCUCCUCCUCCCCUGAUGUUCCCUCCGGUCGCAACCGACCAGUACACGCACGCCUUCAGCGACGAGAACACGGAUAGUUGCAGUAUCAUGUAAAUUUUUCUCCUCCGGUUUAUUAUUACUAUUAUUAUUAUGAAGGAUUAGUGUUGUUGUGGUAGGUUUAGGCUUAGGUGAAUGUAGAAAUGGGUACCAGAUGCAGUACCAUUGCUUGUAUUAGUUGAGAAGAAGAACAAGAAAAGAAAUGGGACCAAAACUUUGAUGAAAUUCACAGUUUGAUCCCUCAAAACCCCACCACUUAGUACUUUUACUGUUUUCUUUUGUUUCUUUUUCCCUUUUAUCAUUAUAAUGAGUUUCAAGUGGCAGAGAUAAUAAAAAACAGAGCCCAUACGGCUCCACAGUACAGAGAUUUGUCAGCUGA